AUGUCUACAUUCAACGGACUUGUCGCAGAGUUUCCUGACAUACGAAUUGACUUCUUUCGGAGCCAUGCUGGCCGUCGUCCACCACUCGCGUGCUUCCUGAGCCACAUCCACAGCGACCACCUGGCCGGGCUCGAGACGCUGCGCUCCCCCUUUGUCUACUGCUCUGCAGCCACGCGGGAGAUGCUGCUCCGUCUCGAGCGCUACCCUUGUCGCCUCAACUAUGCCAGAGGUAUCCUCGAGGCGCGCGUGCAGACGUACAAGCACCUCAAGAACCUGCUCAAACCGCUGCCCCUGGAAACCCCCACCACCUUGGAGCUUGCGCCCGGCAGCCACAUCCAGGUCACUCUGUUCGACGCGAACCACUGCCCCGGCGCCGUCAUGUUCCUCAUCGAGGACUUGCAUCGCGCCAUCCUUUACACAGGCGACGUCCGGAGCGAACCCUGGUUCGUCAACUCCAUCGCGAGAAACCCGGCUGUCAUCGAGUACACCUCGGGCAUCAGAACUCUCGAUAAGAUCUAUCUCGACACCUCCUUUUUAAAGGACGUACCGUUCCAGACCAAGGCUGAGGGGAUUGCAGAGCUGCUCCGGAAGGUGGCUUCAUACCCCAAUGACACCGUCUUCCACAUCCAAGCCUGGACCUACGGGUACGAACAAGUGUGGAUCGCCUUGUCCAAGGCUCUAAGGUCCCGGAUCCACGUCGACGAUUACAAGAUGCGCAUGUUCUCCGCCUUGACCGUCAAGACAUCCAAUGACCGCUUCGGUUCGUCCGUUCAUCUGUGUCCCGAGGCCCCUGCUCUGGCCGGCUAUGUCUGUGGAAACACCCCUCACCCAGGGUGCCUCACCAGAGACGAGCACGUUCGCCUGCACAGUUGCGAAAGGGGCAACUUCUGCAGCGUUGUCCGGAAUGCUAGCGUCGUAUCCAUACAACCAGUGGUGGCGCAUCUCGGAGGCGGCGCAGAUAUCGCUGAAGUCGGCGUCGGCGGGGGCGGGGAUGACCUGGAACGCGAUGCGGAACUCGACCCCCUGUCGGUGGAAGAAAUGAAGGCGGCGCUGAAGCUGAUCCACGAGACGACGGGCAUUUCGGCGGGUGCAAAGUCCAGGCUUCUUGAGUUCCUGGAAACCGGUGCCCAAACCGGCCGAAACGUGUCGUUGGACCUGGACAUGGCGGCCUUUGGGGAGAAGAACGAGGCGGCCAUCCUGGACGCCUUUCAGGCGAUCGGUCAGAGGAAAAGGAACGUGAACGAGGAAACGGCCAGCUCUGCGAGCGAUCCGGCUGAUCAGUUGCCGAAAGUCAUCACGUUCCCGUACUCUCGGCAUUCGUCGUAUCCAGAACUAUGUGACUUGGUUCGGGCGUUUCGCCCUAAGGAUGUCUGGCCCUGCACUGUGAAUACUACCGAGUGGCUCAGAAACGGCACUUCCAUCCGGUCUCUUUUUGGAUGCUACUGUUCCGGAGACACAUUCGCUCACGAUAUUGAGAUGGGGGAAAUAGCCCAUGAUGGUGCAGGGAUCCUCGAGCGGACGGAGUCCCAAGACAUUGACAGCAGUCAGUCGUCCGCACUUGAAGCCGAAUCCACAACGCUGCCCCCCUUACAGAGUCAUCAAGUCAUUGAGUUUGGCACAGCCGGUGUCGGGAUCGGGACGAUGACCAGAAAGACCAACGGCGAGUCCGCUGUACCUCAAAACCUCCUAGAAGAACCACUGAGGGUUGGCUGUCAUGGCGGAGAAGCCCGGGGCACGCGGGACUCGUCUGUAUCUCACACCUUCACGAAGCACGCCCACCCAUCUGCAGUUGCUUCACGCACGCGAACCGAUGCCUAUAUAAACAUGGCGAGAAACGUCCUCGGGGGCGAAUGGACGCCUAUCGGCUUGCUCUCUACGGUCGAUCACCAUACGGCACCGGACAAGGACCUGGGGAUAGUCUGA